CGGCUUGUUUUGAGUGUUUUGACCACCCCGGCGGAGCUGAAGGCGGCUUUCAGGCUAUCGGCGGCCGACGAUGAUGGAAUGGAAGCGGAAUCAGUUGGUUGCUAACACUAUAUGGCAAUAUCAGCCCAGAGCCAUCGGCUUCAGCUAGUUUCGACGCGACUUUUGAACGAUUAACAUGUUCGGUGUGAUUAAAUUAUUGCCUCGGAUCGGAUAAGACUGACUGAGUGCAAGUUGUAAGCAAGCAAGUGCGCGCGCGCAGUGUGCUUUUAUCGGAAGCGCGAGGGAUUCUGUGGCUGUCUCUUGCUCGAUCGGAGAGAACCUGUCGCCUAAGCAUAAGGUGAUCUGUGAUCUACAAGCGUGCGUGAGUUGAGGAGGAGGCGGCGAUUUAACCAAGGAAAUUCGGAUACAGCGAACUCUCGGCGGUCAAUCACCGAGAGUGAAGAAUUUGUACUCGCAUCCAAACCGCACGGAGAUUAGUGGGAGUUUUGCGUUUUGACGAACAAGGAUCGAAGCCGGAAUCAAUCAAAACACGUUUGAGUACGCGAGAAUAUCAAUUUAUGCGCGAAAGUGCGGGGGUGGAAAUGUGUUCGGUGCCACUGCGGCCAUCAGCGAUCGGAUUCAGUGCCAACGGAGGAAUCUAGUUCUGGUCGAGAACCGGAGCAGCUAGCAGCUGGUGUACGCAGUUCGCGAAGUGAUCCCACUAGAAUACGAGUACGAAAGUGUCAGUGUGCGCGCGCGGUGACAAGUUUCAGCGUCGUCGGGAAGAUUCUAGAAGUGGUGCGAUUGAACGCGAGUGAAAGGUGGUGAAAGUACGAAGAAAUCCUUGAAAAGGAUUCAGGAUCGAUAUUGAAAAAGUUAUCCCACAAAAAGCAAGUAUCAAUUGGUUUCAGUGCAAUUUUGCGAACGCAAAAUUUCAACGAAAGUGAAGUGACGAACCUCUCCCAGUGUCUGAAUCUCUCAGCCGAAUUACAGUGAUAUCGGCAACUUAAUUCGAGUGACGAGAGUGAACGCAUAACAACCGAAGGGAGGAGCUGGAAGGACAUUAGAACGAACGAUUACCACACAUGGUUCCAUUCUGAUCACCACACGACCAACCAAGAGUCCGAAUCCAAACAAAACAACCAAACACCGGGGGACGCACCCCUUUCACGUUUUUUUGAGCAGCAGUUCGUUCGCCUCUGGACGUAAUUCGCCAUCAUGAGCGACCUAUUCCAGCAGCCUACUGCCUCAGCCACACCUGGAACCCAGCGAAGGGCCAAAAGGGGCGCCCCUACCGUAGAUGUCCAUGUGGCGUCGCCCAUCUCCUCUGGUGGAGGUUCUUCGCCCAAAACUAUCGUCACCGAAGCCAAGUUUGAAGGACUUGCACUCGAGGGCGUCAACCAGAAUUUGGUGGACAUCAAGUCGGACGAUAACGAGGUGGAGGCCGUCAGCCGGGAAGAGGAGAUCAUCAAGAAGCGCAAAACCGAACUGAUCACCACCCGGCAGAUCGAAACCCGCGUCCAGCGGCAGCUCAAGUUCGAGGAUGGCAAAGUUAUCGAGGAUUCCGGCCCGAUCGUGUCCACCAACACCACCGAGGAUACCGAUCGGCAGGAAACGGUGCAAACAGAGCACCGUACUCUGGGCGACCCAACGACGGAGGAAGAAGUUACCAAAAAUGCGGCCGUUGUCGACUCGGACGGGAAGCCGAUUCCAAUUGGCGACGGCGGUCCGCAAAAACUAGUCAGUGAUGCAGACGUUGAGGGGGGAAGGAUGGUGUCCGGCGAUAGCAGCAACAAACCAAAGACAAUCAGUGCCAUCGUGGCCCGGCCCGAUGGACUGCUGAAGAACAUCAAGGAAGAGGUGGAGGUCUCCCGGGAGGAGACCAAGGAGCGAACGGUGCACGAAGAGCGGAAGCACUUCGGGGAUUUCACCGAUGAUGCCUACCUGCGUGCCAUCAACAGCGGCGUGGACGACAUUCGCGAACUGCUCCUAUCGGAGGAGUCCCGCCUCGAGCUAGUCCCGUCCGGUCCGCAGCUGGUCAGCACCAGCACCAAGUCACGCAAGGUCAUUGACAGCGAAGACACCGACGUGCAGUUGUUGGCCCGCCCGGACGGAACGCUGGUUACGGAGAAAACCCAAACCCGGCAGCACGAGGUGCUCUUCGACGACGAUCUGCCCGGGGACGAGAGGCUCAGCACCGGCAUCGAUCAGGUGGACAGCGCCGAGCGGAUUGUCGAUCAAAAGGCUUCGUCGCAGCGCUACUUCAAACAACGCGAUGAACAGCACGUCGAUCUGAUAGGCGCCAACGGAGAAGUGCUAGGGAACGAAAUGCGCUACGCCGCGGAAACCACCCAGAUGGAGAAGGACGGCACCCGGCCGGAGAAUCUGAUAUCCGAAUGGGACAGCCUUUCGGAUAGGUUGCGAAAGGCCCGCCGGCUGGGACGGCAUUCCACGCCGAAGGAAGCGGCCAUCACCGCACCAGGAUUACCUCCGUUGGUCGAUCGGACCGAUGCCCUGUCGAAGAAACCGUUGGAUUUCGACCGGGAAGAUGAAACCCGGAAGAACGAAACGAACAAGUGGUUGGAGAGUCAUUUUGGGAGUGAGUCGAGAUCCUCGCGGGGAUCCCGAGACGAUUUGGAUGAAAUUGUGGAACCCACGAAGAAAACCUAUUUCAAUGUGACAAUCAAGAGUGGGGACGGGGUUGACGAACGCGGAAGUAGUGGCAAUUUGUACAAGGGUCAUCAGAUGAGUACACCGGCGAAGGUUGUGCCCCCGGAGAGGGAGGAAGCAAUUGGGAAGAAGUAUUUUCAGGGGGUGAGUGAGUGGAACGACAGGAGCCGGUAUGGGCGAGGGUCCAGGGAGAAUUUAGUGGACGGAGACGAGUACGGCUAUCGGAAAGGGAAGGAUUACAGCAGGAUGGAUGAGGGCAAGAACUCCUACAAGGAAGACUCGGCGUACGUUUCGUCUUCUACGUACUUUACGACACCACGGUCGCCCAAGCCCAUGAAGGAUAGCAAUUUCAAUGCCAGGUACGCCAGGGACGCUCGUUCAGUGUCACCGGAUCGAAUCGAGUACGUUCCGGAGGAUCGUCCAACGGCCCCGCAGCGCAAGAAAGCCCUAGAAAGAAAGCUAACCAACGGCAGCGGGAUGCUGUUGGCGAAGCGAGCGCCACCCGAACCGCAAGUCAUCGAGUAUGCGCCCCGCAGCCGUUCGAUUUCGCCCAUUCAGAUUCCGCCGGCUGCGACGACCUUGCGGAAGCCUUAUCAGAAAACCCGUUUCAGCAGUAUUCAAGAUCUAAGUCAUCAUCAGCAUCAACAACAACAACAACAGCACGCUUCCCGGGGGUCGGGGGUCAACACACGAGCCCAGAGUACCCCACCAAAGAGCAAAGUCGGUUCGGUCAUCGGCAACAGCAUUCGGAAGCUCGUCGGCAAGAUACGAUCCGCCAGUGCCGAGCGCAAACUACGCCUCAAAUCAUCGAUCAAGCACCGUUCGCCCUCGCCGUCCUCGUCGGCCCAAAAACGGAACAGCUCGUCCAGUGCUACCUAUCAGCAGUACAACGUCAUCGAUAGUCACAUCGGUGGACGAGGAUAUUCACCACCACCAGCAGCACCGCAAGGGGCGCAAAACCAGUCUCAGUCACAGCAUCAGCGAGUCGCCACAGCUCCGAACGGUGUCAGUCACAAAUCGAACGGCAACAUUUCCAGACGUGAUCGUGAUCGGGACCGCUCGGAUCCCGUCGUCAACGCUACUAGUAAUAAUCUCGGUUUCGCCGUCGGUACCGGUGGCCGUCGCGGUUCCUCCGAUAUAGUGUCCGAUAUGACGACCAACAGUGGUGGCGUUCCGACGCCGAAGCAGAAGUACUACCUCGGCGAGAAUCCCUACGGGGGCAGCAUCUUUGGCAAGGAGAAUAAGUACGCGGACGGAUCGCGGCAACAAGUGCGGGGAAGUGGAGGGGCGGUGGGGGAAGGUCGGGGACAACCGCAGCGCAGUGAAGAACGGAUCGUGACAUCGUCCCACACGAGAAGCUACAGUCAACCGCCACCUCCAACGGCCACAACCCUGGGCCGCUUCAGUAAGAGUACCAACCGGCUUCCAUCCAGCAACGGCCAUCACGACCAUCACACAAACUCUUCCUCCUACAUGCAGCAGUCGUCCAACCACUACCAGAGCAGUUCUCAAACCCUGCCCCGGAAGCUCUACGAGCAGAAGCAGAAAGCCAAACCCCUCCACUCGUCCACCAUCAACGUAUCGAUCGUCAACACCGUCAGUCCCCAGUCACCCCCGGCCAAUACCGGCCCAGUCAAACCCGCUCGAACCUACAAGGCACUCAACCGGAGCAAAUCCUUCAACGUCCACGGCCUCAACGGAACCAACGAUCCUAGUCCAAUCUAUCUGGAGAAGAUCACGAAAAACAACUACAACUCCUUCUACCGGUCCAACUCCCAUCUGGACGACCUCCAGCACACCCCUUCCCGUCACCAGAACGAAUCCAUGCAGCUGAAGAGCCCCUCCAUCGUUAAUCUGAUCAGCAGAAGCACCCGGGAUCUCACCCAGAGUCCGCUCCACGAAGACGAACGAGUUCAGUCGCGAACCGAGUACUACAACGAGUACUCCACCAACAAGAAGAACGUCUUCCUCAAAAACCUCCAGAACCGAGCCCCGGAACUUUACCGGACCCUGCACGGAACCACCAAUAAUGGCCACGACGCCCAUCACAACGGUCACGCUGGAAGUCCCUCGCGGGAGUACCUCAACACGUACAUCAGCCGGGAGCAGGAAUCGUCACUCGGAUCUCGAUCGCCCAUCACCAUCAACAAGGACACGGCCGGAAUCGUGCGCCGCGGAAGCUCCAGCACCGAAGACCAUAAUGAAAGCUACCGCAUUACGCAGAAGUCGGAAGACCCGAACCGCCCAGGCGUUACGAACACCAUCCGGAACUUCAGCAAGAAAACGGUCCCCACCAAGGACGGAUGGGGUAUGCAAACGAUCGAGACCAGCGAAGUCCGCACGACCAGCAGCAGCCGGUACCGAGCGGAUCAACCGGCCGCCCUCAAGUAUCAGGAAUUCCGCAACGGCCAUAGCAACGGAACGAAUGGCGGCGGUGGAGUCGUUAUUGAACUUCGGGGAAACUCAUAAGGUUUGCAGGGAAUGCAUGGGGAUAACAUGGGUUUUAAAUCACA